UAUCACAAUUGUCAUAAUAUUACAGAGUAAUAUCAUGGAUAUAUAUGCAUGACAGGGGAUCAGACUUUUAAAACACACAUCAACAUACAUAUGUAUAUAUCCAAAAAAUUUUAAUGGAUUGACGAAAUGACAAUUGAUGCUAUUACGGAGUAUAUUUGAUUUGUCAGAAUGGAUUGUUUUUCGUGUGCUUCAACAUGCUCUGAUGUCUCGUCUGACACGGGUUCUGUACAAUCUCCAUUUACACCACCAGUACAAUCCUCGGCUAGUCAGCUAAUCAACUCGAAUACAACAUUUGACAAUAAUAAUAAUAACAAUAACAAUAAAAAAUCAAUAAUACCUACCAUGACAACGAUAUCAGCGACACCAUCAUUGAAUUUUGACUCUAGUAAUAAUAAUAAUAAUAAUAACAACAAUAGCCUGUUAAGUUCUGCUGAACGUGAUCGUAAACAACGUGAAUUUAUACCAGAUUCUAAAAAAGACGAUAAAUACUGGGAAAGACGACGUAAAAAUAACGAGGCGGCAAAACGUUCACGUGAAAAACGUCGACAAAAUGAUAUUCUCAUGGAAUGUCGUAUAAAUCAGUUAAAUGUACAAAAUCAUAAAUUACGUCAAGAUUUAUUAGAAUUGAAAUUACGCUUUGGUGUACCAUUGGAUGAUGAAGAUAGAAAAUUUAUGGAUAAUUUAUCAUCGUCUUCACCGAAUAAUGGUGGUUAUAAUGAUCAGCAUAAUAAUAAUAAUAACACUAAUAAUACAGACAAUACUGAUAAUGACAAUAAUAGUGAUGGUGAAAUGAUGAAAUUGUCUGACACUGAUUGUUGUAUGCUGUCGACCACGAAAUCACGAAAUAAUUCCCUAUCAAUGGAUGAUUCACAAAAUGAGCUGAUUGUAAAAAGAGAUAGAUUGUCGCCUGUGUCUUCAGCGAUACCGACAGUAACACCGACGCCGACACCGACACCAACACCUCUGCCAUUGUCUUCUUCUGCUCCUUCUUCUUCUUCUGCGUCUACCUCAAUGAUGACAACACCGACACCGACGACAACAAAUCUGUUCAUCCCACCGUCAACAAUACCGAAUGUUUUACCGUCAGUCAUGAUGCCAACACCUCUAUCAUCUUCAUCAUUACUGCCGUCAGUAGUAGCACAGGGUACUUUGAAUGGGAAUCAAUUCAAUCUGACAACAGAGUCUACAGUUGCAUCAAAUCUGCCGAGUGUACAUACACUUCCCAAUAAUUUUCUCUUCUCUCAAUUAAAUUCACUAGAUAGUACAGAUUUAUUAACAUUGAAACGUAUCUUCUCAAGUUUAGGCGUUGGCUGUCUCCCAUCGACUACCUCAUCGUCAUUAUCAUCAUCAACAUCAGCAUCACCAUCAGUCUUAGUGAAUCAGCAUACGUCGUCUACACCGUUGAUGGCUGCUGCUGCCGCCGCUGCAGCAGCUGUAGCCGCAGUUGCUUCAAAUGGUGGGGUCGCUUUGCCGCCUUUAUCACCGGGGGGAAAUAGCUGCUUAAGUAACAGUGUGAAUAAUACAACGCCUACAGUUGUAUCAUUUAACAGUCUGACAUCAUUGAAUACAACAGCAGCAGCUGCAUUACUACUUCGACAGGCUGCAUUAAUACCACCGUCGACAAAUCCAUCUUCACUUCCUACGCAUAUUUCUACACCACUUCAACAACAUCAGACAACAAUGACGACCACUAACAACAACAAUAAUAAUAAUAGUAAUAGUAUUACUAGUAGUGGUAGUAAUAGUAUUAAUAGCGAUGGUCAAUAUGAGAAUAAUUCAAAUCUGAUGAACAAAUUAUCGAUCUCAUCACCUUCACCGUGUAUAUUACCGCUAGACAGUCGUUGUCCAUCGGUACACUCAGUGAAAUCAGAUCCAUCGAAUAAUUCAAAUGAUUACCUUGAAUCUCCAUUGGAUCUCAGUCUAUGUUACAGUAUGAAAACAGAAAAUAACAAUUCUGAUUUUGUCCUGAGUGAUUCAACAAUCACAUCCGAUCCUAUGGUUGUAGAUAAACGUUAUCAGGAUCGUCGACGACGUAAUAAUGAAGCAGUACGUCGAUGUCGUGAAAAUAAACGUGCACGUAUGUCAGGUAGUUGUAGCAACAGUAGUGGUGGCGGCAUUGGUAGUCGUGGAUUUGGUGGCACCGGUGUUGUUCACAACAGUCGUACAGAGGUUGUAGCCGAGAAACUGCAAAGUGAAAAUCGUUGUCUACGCAGUGAAUUGACUGGAUUAAGUAUGGAAGUGAAAGCCUUACGUCGGUUACUUUCAGUCGGUGAAGAACUAUCUCAACAAGAACAAGAACACGAACAAGAACAAGAAGAACAGGGAAAUACACCUGAAGCCUCCGAUGUUAAUAAUAAUAACAACGACAACAACAAUAAUAAUCUCGGCACCAGUACUAACCACAGGAAUGCCAACAAUAGCAGCAGCAACAGUAGUGCUACUGUCGUUAGUAACGGUGUUACUCCAGAUUAUUUUUACAGUGAUACUGAUGACAUCCAAGUGACAAUGAUGAUACCCAAAAAGAUGAGAGUUAAAGCAAUACCUCAAAAACUUCACCAACGAUUCUCCUUACCGCCAUCACCGACACCAAUAUCUACAACAAUGACCACAGCAAAUUCAGCACACCACCAUCAAUCCUACCAAUCCUAUCACCAUAGCAACAGUAACAACAUGAAUGAUGAAGAUAUUGAUAAUUAUAAAAUUAAAGUCGAUGAGAGCAUUUUAAACACUGAAAAUAAUAAUAAUAGUACUCAUGAUGGAACUGAUGACAAGAUGGUUGAUGAAAGGACAACAUCAUAUACAUCAUAUGUAGACAAUAUCAAUUCUAAUAAUAAUGAUAAUGAUCAGCUACAUUGUAAAAAUGGUAAACCAGAGGAAAGUAUUGAUUAUUUCAAGCAUGUAUCCUCAUCAUCGUCAAGCUCAUCUUCAAUUGCAUCCGCCGCCUCCUCUUCCUCUAAUUCCUCUGAUGAUCAGACUAACAGAAUACAACAAUUAUCCUCUUCACCAUCACCUCCAGCAAUGUCAGAUGAAUAUGCCAAUAAUAAUAAUAAUGAGGAUAAUUCAACAGAAGAGGAGAAGGUACAGUUUAGUAAUAGCAGUAGUAGUAGGAGCAGCACUAUUGCUAUUGAUGAUAAUAAUAAGGCGGAGACAUUUACACCAACUCCUGAUGAGCAUGAUAACCAACCAGAAUUAACGAUUGCUACCACUAAUACUAAUAUGGACGGUGGUCAGAGUAUUUCUAUGCCAAGUAAUGAAAUCCACUUGUCUAAUCAUAAUAAUAAUAUAAAAGAGGAAAAUGAGAAACUGGUUGUUAUUCCUCCACGUGGUGGUGGACGUAAACGUACUCUGAAAUCAUCAAUACAUCCUGGUAAAAUAUCUAGAAGUGAUCCAACCUCUACCACUACUACCACUACCAUUCCUUCUACUGAUACUACUACUAAUAUUAGUAGUAACAGUAAUACAAUUGAAGAGAUGGAUACAUCCCUCCUGCCUGUUUCUUCUGUUCAUAAUAUCCAUCACCCUGUUUCUACAUCACCUAUUUUGUCCUCUUCACCACCUUCACCUUCAGGGAAUACUGAUGAUGCCUCAUAUUUUAUACCAUCUGAGAAAUCUGUCUACUUCAUGACAGUGGACAGUAGUAGCAGUAGUGGUAAUCCGUGUGCGGCAACAGCAACAACAACAGCAACGACGGCGAUGACGGCGACGUCGACAAGAAAUUCAGGGAAAGGAGAUAGUAUUUUAACUUAGCAUUUAUUUGUUUAUAUUGUUAUUACUAUUAUUAUCAUUAUUACUAAUAUUAUUCUUGUGAAUUUGAGUACUCGUAUACUCCUUGUUUAUAUUUGUUUUGUGUUUUGAUUGUUACAAAUUAAUAUUGUUAUUAUUGCUACCACUAUUAUUAUUAUUACUACUAUUAGUAUUGUAAUUGUUAUUUUUCCAUUUUUAAAAUGUCCAUUUUUUAUACACACAUUACACAUUAUGUAAUUCCGAAUCCUCUUCAUCCGUUCAUUCAUUCCUGAGUUACUUUUUGUAUUGCUGUCACACUACUGACCUGUGUGUGAGUGUGUAUAAGUUUGCGUGGGCGUACUGAUUCAUGUGUUGUGCACUUAUGCACGGAUAUAUCCAUAUAUGUAUGUAUGUAUGUAACUAUCUAUCUAUCUCUCUGUAUCCGAAUAACUUGCUCACAUCUGUGCUCAUGUUGAACUCGAAUCCAUAAUUUUUAGUUGUUGCCUAUUUUUGUUGUUGUUGAUAUUUUUAUGCGACUCUAUAUUCGACUUGUUUCUCUCGCCCUCCUUCUCCUCUUCCUCUCUACUCUUUGUUCUGUACUCUUUCAAUUUCCAUCACUGUUACUGCCAUUGAUGAGUAAUUUUCAGAAUGUGUUCAUUGUCACUCUUAUAUUGCCUUUUUAUACAGUGUCCUUUUGUUGUUUGUCGAAGAAUGAGGUGACCAUAGUGGUGUGUGUGAUGGUGAAGGUGAAGAUGAUGAUGAUGAUGAUGAGCGCAUCGGGUGCCACAGUGACGACAGUAGGAGGCAUCAAUUCGAUGAACAGGAUGGAAUGAUGCUGUGACAACACAAGAAACAAAUUCACCCAAAUUCCAUGACAAUAAUAAUGCAUAUAUAUAUAUUACAUCAUAUGAAGGAUGGACUCACAUAUAAAAGUACACAGAGAGUGGAGUAGCUAUGUUAGUUCAUGUUCUUCGUGUCUGUCUCUUGCGUCAGCGUUGAAGCAUAAAUUACCUCAUACAAAAACAUAGACAAACAAACUGAAAACUGAUCUUAUUGGUGUUAGUGAGUAAAGUUUUACUUUACCCUUUGGGGAUUAUUAUUACUAUUAUUAUUAUUAUUAUCAUCGUUUUUUCUUCCGUUCUCAACACCACAUCCCCCUUUUCUUGCGUUUGUAAGAGAAAAGAAGAUUGGGAUGGGGAGGGGAGGGGAGAAAGAGCAGUAGUUACAUUACACCGUUGAAAGCCAGCAUCAGCAUUUUAUUACCCCGUUAUCUUCUUCUUUCCCUCCCUCUCUCACUGUGUUGUGUAAAGGCCUACACAUCGAACUGUAAUAAUCUGGAGAGAAAGAGAAAAAAAGCGCCAACCAAUUCCAUUCAUCCCCCCCCCUCAUUCCUUUAUUCUUUCCACGGCCGCCGCCGCCGUCUCCUCCUUCUCCUCCUCCAUUUCUUUGUCUCUAUCUUUGUGUGUUGUACUCAGUGAAUAUGCGUAUUUGUGUGUAUUUAUUGACGCUCAGAAUACUUCUUUGUGUUUCUCCACUCGUUUCCUUUUUUUUCUUCUGUGUACCACACUGCAUCGCGUCUGUGUAUAUUUGUGUUUUACACAUCCACCCACUCACUCACUGACGAUUAGGUAAUUAUCAUGUUUACUAAUAAUAAUACUCUAUUUAUUUUCUUAAUUUUAUCCUAAUGACAAACUCAUAUGCCUUUUGUUUAGAAACGAUAAUAAUCAGAAGAAUAACGACGCUACAUUCCUGUUUUGUUUUUAAAUUACGAAUUUUACACACAGCUUACAAUAUAUUAUAACUAAUCUCCAACCCCAACUGUGCUCCACACACACAUGCAAGAUUAUGGAAGGUGUUUGUUUAUCACAAUGCUGUAAUUACAUGUGUACUAUCAUUACAGUUACCUACUCUGUGUGUGCAUGUGCGUGGGUGUGCUCACAUAUGGUUUUAUCAUAAUAAUUAACACAAGGAAUAAACGAUAUUUUAAAUUGUAUCGAUAUUCGUGCAUUUUAUCACCGGUGUGUUUUGUGCUCUUGUUGUUGUCGUUGUCAUGUGACGACGACGACGAUGAUGUGUUCGUGACGAUUAUAAAUAUUCUGUUUUUAUUACCCCACCCCACCGCUGUCUCUAUCUCUCCCCCUUCUCUCUCUCUCUCUCGAAUUCAAUGUGCUCAACACCUUUUUAUUUGUAUCAUUCCUUUAUUAUUAUUAUUAAUAUUAUUAUUACUUUUACUAAUACUAUUC